AUGAUGCUGGAUGUACUUCCGGCAGGCAUAUUCAUCUCGAAGAUGCCAUACCGGUACCAGCAACUGUGGACUCAUGGCCAUGCCGAUACGUACAACCCCAGCUCUGCCGUUACACCGGGCAAGUCCACCAGUGACUCACACAGCCACAACGCCGCCGCCGCUGCCGACGACGAUGACCAUUCAUCACUUAUCAAGCAGAAGCCGACAGGAGGUAGCAAACCCGACAAGCCUUCAACCGGGACCGCACACAAUGAUACUCUCAAUAUUCCCGACAGGAUCAUUGACCAGGGCGGACAACAUGACGCCGUGGACCAUGGAUCCUUGGGCGACAGCUACUCGGAGGCUGCCGGCCACGCGAACAAGCCAAAGCAGGACCAUUGGAAGAAGCCCACCCAGCAUUUCCCGAUUCCUACGGAGUCGAUAGCCCCUCUGCCGACAGGGAAGCCUGUCAACAUCCCAACCAUUCAAUUUGCGUUUGGUAAGGAGACGCCCGAGGCUCAGAAAGUGCGAGAGGCGCGGCUUGCCAAGGUCCGAGCGGAAGCUGUUAGGGCUUGGAAAGGCUACCGCAAAUACGCCUUCGGCCACGACGAGCUGUCUCCUGUUACCAAGAAAUAUCGCGACCCUUUCUGUGGCUGGGCUGCCACCCUGGUUGACAGUCUCGAUACUCUGUGGAUCAUGGGCUUGAAGGACGAGUUCGAGGAGGCUGUCAAAGCCGUUGCGGAGAUCGACUUUACGACCACUCCCAAGACCGAGAUCCCCGUCUUCGAAACCACGAUCCGCUACCUCGGUGGACUGCUUGCCGCCUACGAUGUCAGUGGUGGCAAGACUGUUGGCACUCACAAGGUUCUUCUUGAUAAGGCUGUUGAGCUCGCAGAGAUUCUCAUGGGAGUUUUCGACACGCCAAACCAUAUGCCCAUCUUAUUCUACAACUGGAGGCCCGCUGCCAUGGAAAAGGCGAAGCGCGCAUCUUCGUCGGUCAACCUUGCGGAGCUGGGCUCCCUAUCGAUGGAGUUUACACGCCUCGCACAACUGACGAAAGAGAACAAGUACUAUGAUGCCAUUGACCGCAUUACUAAUGCACUCCAAGAAUGGCAGAACCGGGGCACAACCCUUGCGGGCAUCUUCCCGGACCGUGUAGAUGCUGCCGGAUGCAACCGGACCGCCGAGGCAGAGCGGAUCUCGGCGAUGCAGAAUGAAGCUGCUGGCCGUGCUCAACACUCGACACCAAAAUCCAGCACGUACCUCGAGAAUGCCAAAGGAAGAGCUCACGCCAAGGGUUUCUCUGAUCCCGUCCCUGGCGAGUCAUACCUUGGCGGCUCCCAGAAUAACGUCGAGGGCAAGGGCUCCUCCAAUCUCGCACGCAGAACAAAUUAUGCUGCCGAAACCUGGGACCCUUCCAUGGGCCUUAGUCUCGGCUCGGGAUCAGAACUCGACUGCAUUCCUCAAGGACUAGCCCCAGGUGGCUUCAGCGAAUCUUACGGCAUGGGUGGUGGCCAAGAUAGCACCUACGAGUGUUUCCCCAAGCAGUACCUGCUUCUCGGCGGACUCGAAUCCAAGUACAAGACGAUGCAUCAGAAAGUGGCCGCAGCUGUCAAAAAGUGGUUGCUCUUCCGCCCCAUGGUCCCGGACCGUGAUCUUCUGUUCUCGGCCAAGGUGACAACUAGGGGCGACCCUGUCGACGACGCACGAACCGAGUACGAGGUACCACAUCUCACUUGCUUCCUUGGCGGCAUGUUUGGCAUGGCAGGCAAGAUCUUCAACGAGCCGGACGACGUGGAGAUUGGCAAGCGACUGACAGAUGGAUGCGUUUGGGCAUACGAGAGCACACCCAGCGGGAUCAUGCCCGAGGGCGCCUACGUCGUGCCGUGCACCAAUGUGAAGAAGUGCGACUUCAACGAGACUCUCUGGUGGCAGGCUCUUGACCCCCUUGCGGCCACGCGGGAUGCACAACUCGACGACUACUACAAGCGCGUCGAGGAGCUCAAGGCGUUGAGGGCUCAACGUGGCCACGCUACUGAUGAAGAGGAGCAAGGCACCCAUAAGUUCCGCGUCAGCCAUGCCUCUAGCAAAGACGAGAAAUUAGCAAAGGCGCGACCAGACGAUAGCACCAGCUCUGACCACGACACCAAUCACUUCAAGCGCUCGGCUCUUCCGCCUCCAACCCCGGAAAAGAAUACUGGCCGCGCUGCCCUUUCGUCAUUUCACCAGAACAGCCCGCUCGGCGCGACAAGCGAUGAUGAGGAGGAGCAGAUUCCUCUAGACAUGACGCUGCCUGCUCGCCCGCAGUCGCACAAAGAAUAUGUCCAGGACCGCAUCACGAACGAGAAGCUUCCUCCGGGCUUCACUGAUAUUCGAUUCUCGAGCUACAUUCUGAGACCUGAAGCCAUAGAAUCAGUGUGGUACAUGUACCGAAUCACUGGUGACACCACCUGGCAAGACAAGGGAUGGAAGAUGUUCGAGGCCAUCAUCCGCCACACCCAGACCGAGGCCGGGCACAGCGCGAUUCACGAUGUCAUGCGAUCGAACCCGGACAAGAAGGAUGAGAUGGAGUCCUUCUGGCUUGCCGAAACCCUGAAGUACUUCUUCUUGCUGUAUUCCACACCCGACGUGAUUAGCUUGGAUGAGUGGGUGCUCAAUACGGAGGCGCACCCAUUCAGAAGACCGUCCUGA